UGACUGCUAUCAUCCUGGGACAGGCCAAAGAAUAUUACCAGAAUCAGCUGACACCAGAAACUGGUCAUGGAUUCUUGAUCUUUUUGGCAGAGCAUUCGCUCCAAAAAAGAGAGUGCUGUAGAAUAUCUGGAUCUUCCUGAAAACAAUGGAAAUACUUUCCACCCACAAAGUAUCCGAGAGAAAUACCUUGAAAGCCCAAGGGGAAUGUUCAUUCGAUUGGCUCCUCCAAUCAGCUGUGUAAAGAAAUGGUUCAUGCAGUGAGAACUGCUUUACCAUGCAAGGGGGGAAUCUGAAAGUCAGGCAGAAUCUGUCUGCGCAUGAAUUGAUGCCUAGGAAUCCUCAGUCGAAGAAGGCUCAACUCGUUGACGAGCAUCUAGAGAAAAUGGAUGAAAGUUAACCUGCAUGAGAAAUGACUGAGGCCGAUUUCAAAUUCCGUGGAAAUCUUACUGGCCGCGCCCACCCUCCCACUUUGGCGACAGCGACAGACACGACGGCAGAUAAGUAUGCCAACUUGUACAUGUACGUGGGGCUCUUUCUGACUCUCCUGGCCAUCCUUCUCAUCCUGCUGUUCACCAUGCUCCUGCGCCUGAAACACGUCAUCUCCCCCAUCACAACGUCGCCAGAGAGCACAGAGAACGUCCAGCAGUUCACAGAUGUAGAAAUGCACAGCAGGAUCCCCAGCGCUUAGAGGGUUCGAAUCAGCCGCCUGCAACAAAGAUGCCAGCCAGGGGGGGAUGUGGGAAUGGAAGAUGCUGUUUGGAAUUCUGGACCAAAACAUGGAUGAAUCUGGAUUUCUGGACCAAAAUGUGGGUGGAUGGUUUGACCUGCCUGGGAAAUGACAAUCAAAUAUCCCGCACAUUUGGACAGCUCCAAGGAGCUGCAAGUAGCACGUGGGGUGGUAUUUGGUUACGAUCCUCCUAUGUUAAUAAGGCACAUAAACCCAGGAGGCCACAUUCUGGUCCAUUUGGCCCAGUGCUGUCUAUUCAAAAUGGCAGCAGCUUGCUGGGAUUUCAGCCAGAUGGAUAAAACUAUGCAAGGUCUACAUCAAACCAGUUUCUUUCCAGGAGAAAAUGGGAAAUAAAUGCAGUAAAUAAAA